AUGAAAUUGCUGGGCUGGGUCUUCUUAGCCUCGGCCACUGCGUCGCUGGCUGGCGUUGUAACGAAAGAUAUCUUGAAGACCCUGUAUUUCCAAAGCGAGCAGAAUGCCAAAAGCAUUAAGGACCUUUACUACAUUUCACUUAUGAACCCUGAGCACGAAGGAAUCGAUACAGCCCGAACAUGUCCCAUGAUCACUGCCGAAGCAGACCGCACCAUCGAGCAAUUGUACCACACGAUGUUCAUCACGAAAAUGAUGAAAGAUCUCGCCGGCAAGAAAGAGUGCAAGUACUCCGUUACAUCCAAGGACGAAGACUUGAUUUCUGCCAACAUGGAGAAUCCAGCAAAUGUCAAGGAUUUCUUCAACGCUAUCAACCUUGAAAUUCUCCUCCAAAACGGUUUCGAUGGUCAAGUUGUUGUCGACACUUUCGGAAAAUUGUUGGAAAAAGAUGAUUCCGUCCUUGCUGUUACUCUUGUCAUGCGAGCUGUCAUUCAACUCUGGUCUCAGAACAAUCAAUUGAACUUGGAUUCAGUAGCCAAGCAUGUCGAUAUUGCGGAUCUUGUCGCUCAGGCCGAUGCUUUCGAUAACGAGCUCUCCUUCAACAACGAAUUUGCAGCUACUUCCAACUUCCUCUCCGCCGCGUUCAGCUGGGCCGAGUACACAGGCAGAUUCGAGCUCAGUGAUGACCAACUCCUUGGUUUCUCCAAUUUCUUCGUCAACAACUUCCCCGAAGACAACACCGCUCGAUUCUACGCCUUUGAAGCUUUCUCCUUUCUGAUCAAAAACAAGUACAAAACUCCUUGCCACGUCGCAUGGAUUUCUCGAAAGCCGUUUGUCUCCGCUAACAUGCCACUUGUCGCUCAAAUUAUGACGAUCAACGGAGAAGCAGCCGAAGUGCAGGUCUCGGUCAAAUCGAUGACGCAUGUUGAAAGCAACGAAGUCUACCUCAGCAAUUCUAAAUUCUCACUUCACGCGCCUAAUGAAGAGGGUUGGAUGGAAAAGGACUUUAGCGAUAAUACCAUGUUCCCUGUCGUCUUUGAGCACCAGUUGCCCACUAACUUGAUCCCUGGAUACUACGAUGUCGAACUUGAGGUUACAGGAGGCAACUACAUUACCGGAAACAACUCUAUUCGCCAACGAAUCAAGGUCCCACACAGCAUUGCGCUCAAAAACGCCCGCAUUGCAUACGCUUCCAAGAGCUCUGUCGAGAAGAAAUGGCAUACAACUAUCCCCAACGACGGUGCCAUCGGAAGCGACGGUAAAAUUACAGUCGAAUUCGAAGUCGUCAAUGAACAAACCUCCGAAAGCCUCACUGCCCACCAGGCUUUUGUCGUUUUCUACAAUACGCACAAUGAUGUAGAAACAACCUUUAUCGCCGAGAAAAAGAAAUCGAAAUACGUCGCAAGCGUUGACGUCUCCGGCAACCUUGAAUUCGGUGGCAAGAAUCAAGUGAAACUUAUUGUUGGUGAUGCUCUUUUCCACCCAGCAAUCAAGACCCACGAUUUCGGAACCCUUUUGGUUAAUGGCAUCCCUGAGCCAGAUGCUGGUAAUUUCAACGACCGAUAUCUUGACAAGUACGACCCGCCAGCUGAGAUCCACCAUACUUUCCGAGAGCCUGAAGCUCGACCGCCAGUUAUGAUCUCAUUCGUCUUCACUGGCCUCUGCGCUCUUCCUCUUGUCGGACUUGUUGUUGUCUGGUCUCGACUUGGUGUCAAUCUGAGAAGAAUGGAAAGCGCCUUCUUGCCCUUCCACAUUGCCAUUGCUUCGAUCUUCGGUCUUUACUUCCUUUACUGGCUGAGGCUGGAUAUGUUUACAACUCUCAAAUAUCUCGCUCUCCUCGGUUCGGCAACGUUCAUUCUCGGCAACCGAGUGCUUUCAACUCUCGCUGGAAAGCCGAAGUAA